AUGGAUCUGAAGCCUACGAAAAUGAUCAAAUUCGGAGAUUCAGAUCUGAAGAAUGAAGCUGAAGCAAACACAAUAAUCAAUACAAAUGCAAAUGAAAAUGAAAAGGCAGCUGCAGAUGUAGAGGGUUGUACUGUACCUCGAGGCUUGGGGUAUGAGAUUGGGGAUGGGGAAUUGCGGUUUGAAGCUUCAGAGAUCUAA